GUGCAGCAGCAGAAGAAGAGUGGUCGCCUGUUAGCAGCUACCUGUCUCCUUGGGCUUUUUGCUUUUAUUCGUUGCCCCAACGCUCGUGUUCAUGCUCCGUCUCUCAGUUUGGUGACUACUGUUGAUGUUUCCAGACUGUGCAAAGAUCCUCACUGGCGUUGAGCGGAGAAACAGCAGAAGACGAUGAUCCGUCACAGGAUGCCCUUCGCACAGCUGCUGGUAGCCACGGUGGUGGGCAUUACUGGUGGAUUGUACAUCUACAGACCAUUCUUUGAGCCAGCACCAACCACUUCGGAGCAGCCAAAACAGGAUGUGCCAAUGACAAAGAACAAUGAAGCUAAAUAAGCAGUUAGAUUGUGGAUGCAGUCGCCAGUGGGAAACCAGAGAGGCAAUCACUGGAGCAGUUCCUGUAGGAGAUGAGUCACUCAAGACAAACAACUUUCUGGACAAAUCUAUGUGACUGCUGCUGUACAGAAUUAAAUG